AUGGCGGCCAAAGAGCUUUUCACCCCUCCGACAGAAACCUGGAUCAGAUCCCCUGAAGAAGGGAGGGGUCAGGGUGGAAACAAGGCCAUUCGGAAGCAAUCGUGCAAGUCUGAUGGUUCUGAUGCAAAGACUGGACAUGACGCCAUAAAUCUCGACACAAUGAGCAUGUCUCCGAGUCCGAUUGGAUAUCCAGAGGAAAUACGGACAAUGAGCCGGAGCGGAAAUCAAUCAGAAUCCCACGGUGGUUCUGUUAUGAUUCCCCACGAAAAUCAACGUAGUUGGUGGGGUCCGGCGAUGAUGAGGUCAAACGUACACGAAUACCUAAGAGAAACAAAUAUGACACCUCCUGGACCCAGAAAGUGGAUGAUCUGA